UGAAUUCUUAUGUUAUGUACAACAGAAACUGCGUUAAUAAACUGCUUUGUGUAAUUGUUCCUAACCUAUUCUUGAUAACGUAUUGAUGUAUUGAUGACAAAUCAAUGUCAAAAAGCUAUUAAUAAAAAUAAAAUUAUAUAGUUUACUUUACGUUAAACAGCAGAUAAAAAAAAGAAAAAUGGAUCACAAUUCAUAUUAUUAUGAUUCUCAAUAUAUACAUGAUGAAAAUGAGAAUCAAAGUUAUAAUAAUUUUGAAAAUGAGGAUGAAAAUAUCAGUGACAUCGAAAAUCACAAUGAAAAAGAUGGAGAUGCUUUACUCAUCUCUUUAGUGCGUGACUAUCCUUAUUUAUAUAAUAAAGAAUUAACUGAUUUUAAGGAUUGUAUUAAAAAGCAAAAUGCCUGGAUAGAAAUAGGAAUUAUUAUGAACAUGAAAGCGGACGAAUGUCAAUCAAGAUGGACACGACUAAGAGAGAGAUACACACGAGAGAAAAAAUUAAAACAAGAAGAAACGACUACUGGGAGCGGAGCUUCAAAAAGAAGGAGUUUUGAAUUUUUCGAAACUAUGCAAUUUUUGGAACCCUUUAUUAAGAGAAGAAGAACAAUGACUAAUGUGCCUAUCAAAACCGCAUCUGCGUCGACAAAAUGUGUCAAUCUUCAAAAAAAUUUUAGUUCAUGUGUACGUAGCGGAAAAGAAAACUUCUCUUUACCAAUCUCAUCUACUUUACUUCAACAGUCUUCAAGAGAUAACAAGACAACAAUAGUUUCAGAACAGAAACUAUUUAAAGUAGGCUCAAAUAGUGGGAAACAAAACACAUCUGCAAACGCAGCAUUUUUGUUGAGCAAUCUUUAAUAGAUGAUAGAGAGGUGAUGACAGAGAGAGAUGCAAAUGACUUAACUUCGGAUUUCUGUGGCAAUGUAUCUGAUACUUCUUCUACAUCAUUAAAUUCCACUGAUAUAAGAGAAAAGAGUUUAAUUAGACAAGGAAUAAAAUUUAAAAAAAGUCACAGCCGGAUACUCUACAAAAUACAAUUUCUAAAGUUUCUUCUCUAAUAGAGAACAGAUUCCAUUCAACAACUUCAUCAUUUUUAAAGCAAGAAAUAGAAGAAGAUGUGGCUUUUUGUCAACUAAUAUUAUCUUCAUUAAAAAGAAUGCCUGAAAAUAAAAGUAAAGAAAAAAAGAAAGAAAUAUUCCGCAUUAUAUAUGAUAUCUAAUAAUAAUCAAAAUUCUUAAGUGUGACUCAAAAGUGUCACAAUUCCGAUGUGCAAUUUACUGACAGUAUAUUUUUCUUUGUACAAACAUUAAAAAACAAAAAA